AUGCUGCUGCUGUGGACACUCUCACUGCUAUUAGGGGCAGCGGCAGGAAGUCAAAUCUGCUACGACAGACUGGGCUGCUUCACUGACGAUCCCCCAUGGGCAGGAACUGCAGAACGCCCCAUCAAAACACUGCCUGAGGAUCCAUCACACAUCAACACCCGCUUCCUCCUGUACACAAAUGAGAACAAAAACAAUUACCAGGUAAAAAAUCUCAUUGAAAUCACUGCAGAUGCAUCAACAAUCAAAAACUCCAAUUUCAACACAAACAGAAAAACCCGCUUCAUUGUUCAUGGAUUCAUAGACAAGGGAGAAGAAAGCUGGCUCUCCGAUAUGUGCCAGAGAAUGUUUCAAGUGGAAAACGUGAACUGCAUCUGUGUGGACUGGAAAGGCGGCUCCCGAACUACGUACUCACAGGCCACACAAAAUGUCCAGGUUGUUGGGGCAGAAGUGGCAUAUUUAAUUUCUACUCUUCAGUCAGCACUUGGGUACUCACCAGCCAAUAUCCAUAUUAUUGGCCACAGCCUGGGUUCCCAUAUUGCUGGGGAGGCUGGAAAGAGGACCAAUGGGGCCGUUGGACGAAUCACAGGGUUGGAUCCAGCUGAACCUUGCUUUCAGUACACUCCCGAAAUUGUCCGACUGGAUCCCAGUGAUGCCCAGUUUGUGGAUGCAAUUCACACAGAUGGCGCCCCCAUGAUCCCCAACUUGGGAUUUGGAAUGAUCCAAACUGUGGGUCACCUUGAUUUCUUUCCAAAUGGAGGUAAAGAAAUGCCUGGUUGCAGUAAGAACAUUCUUUCUCAGAUUGUUGAUGUGGACGGAAUCUGGCAAGGAACACGUGAUUUUGCGGCCUGUAAUCAUUUAAGAAGCUACAAGUACUACAGUGACAGCAUCAUCAAUCCUACUGGCUUUGCUGGAUUCGCUUGUGCUUCCUACAGCGAUUUCACUGCAAACAAAUGCUUCUCCUGCUCCAGUGGAGAAUGCCCACAGAUGGGACAUUACGCUGAUAAAUAUUCUAGAAAAACAAAUGCUCUGUACCAGGUAUUUUAUCUUAACACCGGUGAUUCCAGUAAUUUUGCACGUUGGAGAUACAAGGUCACUGUGACACUGUCUGGACAGAAGGUUACAGGACACGUGUUGGUUUCUCUGUUUGGAAGUAAUGGAAAUUCUAGACAGUAUGAGAUUUUCCAGGGCACUCUCAAAUCAGGCGAUACACAUUCUAAUGAAAUUGACUCAGAUGUGGAUGUUGGAGCCUUACAGAAGGUUAAAUUCCUUUGGUAUAACAAUGUGCUCAAUCCAACCCUGCCCAAAGUAGGAGCAUCCCAGAUCACAGUGCAAACAAAUGAUGGAAGAGUGCACAACUUCUGUACCACAGAAACGGUGAGAGAGGAGGUGCUGCUCACCCUCACCCCGUGUUAG